AUGUGGUCAUAUAUGUUUGGAGGAGGUAAUAAAGAUAAAGAAGCCCCAAAGAAGGCUAUCAUUACAUUAAGAGAACAAAUAAAUAUGCUUACUAAAAAGCAAAACCAUCUUUAUACACAAAUUGAAGAUCAACAAAAUAUAGCUAAAAAAUUUAUAUCAAGUGAUACAGUAAAAGCUAAAAAUGCUUUAAAACGUAAAAAAGUAUUAGAUAAUGAAGCAACUAAAAUUUCAUCACAAAUUGAUGCUUUAGAAAAUCAAUUACGUUCAAUAGAAAGUGCAAAUUUGAAUUUAGAAACUAUGAAGGCUAUGAAACAAGGUGCAAAAGCUAUGAAACAAAUUCAUGGUGGUAUUACUGUAGAUAAAGUUGAUCAAACAAUGGAUGAUAUUAGAGAACAAGCUGAAUUAGGUGAAGAAAUUAGUGAAGCAAUUUCAAGAUCUUAUCCAGGUGAAAAUGUUGAUGAAGAUGAAUUAGAAGAUGAAUUAGAAGCUUUACAACAAGAAGAAAUUGAUAAUAAAUUAUUAAAUUCUGGUCAAAAACAAUCUCAACAACAAUAUUCUCAACCACAAGUUAAAUUACCUGAUGCUCCAAAUACAAGUAUUAGAGAAGAUAAAUCUAAAGAAAAUGAAGAAAGUGAAGAUGAAGAUGAAAAAGCUUUAAAAGCUUUACAAGCUGAAAUGGGAUUAUAA